AACAGGUUGCAUCGGUGAGAGAGAGCAGGAGAGAGAGAGCGGCGGAGAAUUUCCCAGAUGUCCUCAGUCCAGUAGUACCAUCCUGACAUCCCACGGAACCACUGUGGUUUGAGGAGUGACGCAGGACGCACGAACAUCCACGGGAUUGAGCAGGAAGUAAACAUGAGCAGCCUCUCCACUGACAGGAAGCCGCUGGUAGACUACGGCGUCCAGAUCCGCUUCAUCAAAGACCUCCACGACACGGGUGGAGGUUACCCCGAUAAGUCCAAAGGAAACGCCAGCACGCCUCCUGCUUCCAGUAAAUAUGGCGUGGCAGUGCGGGUGCAGGGCAUCUCUGGGCAGCCUUAUGUGGUCCUAAAAGACGGCGAGAAAGGUGACUCAUACGGCGUUCAGCUAAACACCCCCACCCCCAGCUCAGGACCCCCCUCACCUUUUAACAGUCUCCCCAAAACCAAAGAACCGGCUGAAUUUGCAAACCCCUACAGUCCUAGUGUGAGCGCAGUUCAUUCACCUGUUCCCCCAGCAGAGGAUGAAGAUGGGGAGAUCUUUGGGAGUCCCCUUAAGAGACCCCCAGGGGACGGUCAGGCAGGAACGCACGGGGAGGAGGAGGUUGUGGUGGGGAGGCACGUGGAGAGGACCAAGGCUGAACCCCAAGUCAAAGCCGGUAAAGACAGAGACCGGACCAGUAAGGAGGAGUACAAUGAAGCAGGGCUGAAACCGGUCAAGUUUAAUGGGGUGGGACCAAAAGGGGUCAAGCAGAGCAGCUCGGGUUACACAGGGUCUCAGGGGCCGUAUGGGACUAAACAGAACGCAGACCCCCCCCCAAAGCCGUUUCCAGAUCCUCCAGUGUCAGCCGGGGGGGAGCCUGCCCCUGCCAUCGACACCAACUCCCUGGCUCCCAUCAACAAGCUUAUCAGCAAGUUCAACAGCGGGACCCCGGGCAGCGCCCCGCAGACCAGGGGCCGCACCGGGGCCAGGCAGCGGCUCCGCUUCGACGAGCGCAGGCGGUCCCGAAGCCUCGACGCUAGAAAAGAGGUCCAGCCCGAGGUUACCCCUCCCACUCGUACUUCUCCAACCCUGAACCCGUACGCCGCACCGCUGUCCUCUUCCUCUGAUGGCCUGGUGUCGUCUGCUUCCACAAGUGGCAGCCUGGGAAGGAGCCCUGCAUCUGUUGCCAAGGUGACGGCGCUGGAGGCCCCCAAGCCCAGCUUUAAGUCACCAGGGAAGUUCGUUGCUAAGGACACUCCUCCAGCUGUGGCCAAAAAGCCUGAGAUGCUACCAAGAAGCAAAAGUCUGAGUAAAGAGAUACUUGGUGGAGAAGAAGCCCAGGUUAAACAAGAUCUAUUCAACAUCCCCAAAGACAGCACCAGUGAAAAUGAAGCAUCCCUCAAACAGAAGGUCAUGGUCUAUGAAUCUGCCAGAGGGUCUAAGAAAGGAGGGUCGGAUGGAAGCCUGAAAAAGGAGACGCACGAGGAGAUUCAGGAGCAACUCAACCGCUGCAAAAGGGAGUUGCAGCAGGCCCAUGAUGAGUUGGCCGGGGAGCGUAUGGCCAGGGAGGCGGCCGAGUCCCGCGUGCGUCUCCACGAGGAUCAACUGGCCGAGCUUCAGGAGGAGCUGAGGAGGGUUUCCGAAAACUCCCCCCAUUCAGACUCACUGCAGACGGAUCUGAUGACUCUGCAGGCGGAGCUGGCCGAAGCCACCCUGUUGCGCCAGCGGCAGGAGGACACUCUUCACCAAAGAGAACGUGAGCUGACGGCCCUGAAGGGGGCGCUGAAGGAGGAGGUGGAGUGCCACGACAGGGAGAUGGAGAUGCUGAGGGAGCAGUACAGCCAGGACAUGGAGAACCUGAGGAGAACCAUGGAGCAGGUCACACAGUCCCAGGAGCAGAUAGAAGAGGAGAGGCAGAGGGUCAAUGCCUCCAUGUUGACCCUGGAGGAAGAGCUGGAGAGCUGCAGAGACGACGGGGAGCAGUGGAAGUCCCAGCUGGAGACCACCACCAAGGAGCUGCAAAGCACCAGAGAACAGAACUGGAAGCACUGCAGCAGUCAAAAGCUGCAGAAAUCCCGUUUGGAAAAGGAGGAAUUUGAGAGCGAGCUGAAGGAUCUUCAGGACUCGCUCCUCGUCAUGAAGAAACAAAUGCCUGCCUCUGACGAUAACCGUGUAGCAGAGGAGCUUCGGCGUUGCCAUGACGACCUGAAGCGGACUCACGCAGAUCUGGACAAACAAAAGGCCGAGUUAGAGGAGAAGACUGAGGCACUUGAAGCGCUGAGGAAAGAGAGCGCCGCCAGAGAAACCGAGCUGCUGUCUGAGAUCAGCAAGUUGAAGGAACAGUCGCAGAAAGACAAAGAGGAGCUGGAAAAGGCACUGGAGAGGGUGAAAGAGUCGCCAGCUGGGUCUUCAGGGAAGUCUGUUGUAGACGGAACAAACUUGGAACUGCAAGAAGCAAACACUCGUCUCAGAGAGAGGCUGGCCCGCAUGACGAGGCUUCACUCCAGCGUACCCCGGAGCUCGGAUGCCGAGGAGGCGAUGGAGGCUCUGGAGGACGAGAACCGGGCCCUGAAGUCACAGCUGGAGGAGACGAAGAGAGGAGUCACCCGAGUGAGCAAAGAGAGAGACGAGCUGACGAGACGACUGGAGGAGAGAGACCUGGAGAGGGAGGCGCUGCGACGAGGAAAGAGCGACCUGGAGGAGCAGAAGAGGCUGUUGGACCGAGCUCUGGAGAAGAUCAACAAAGAGAUGGAGAUGAUGAUGGGAGAUUCACGUCAGUCGGUUGCGGUUCUCCAGUCACAGCUGGAUGACUACAGGGAACGAUCGAGGAAAGACCUGAUGGAGGCUCAGCGUAACAGUAAAGACCGACUGGCUGAGCUGCAGAGAGCUCAGAACAACCUGAAGGCCCAGCAGGAGGAGGUUUCUCGUCUGAAGAAGGAGCUGUUGGUUUGCAGCGAGGAGCGAGACAGCGCCCAGUUGGAGAGAGACCUCCUCAACAACCGCCUCAAACACUUGGAGAGCGAACUGGAAGCAGAGAAAAGCACCUACACCGACCGCCACAGGGAGAUCAGGGCACUAGAGGAUAAAAUUAAAACACUGGAAAUUGAGUUGGAUGAAGAGAAGGGCGGCGUGGAGCUGCUGAACGACCGCAUCACACGCAGCAGAGAUCAGGUGGACCAGCUUCGUUCAGAGUUGAUGCAGGAACGUUCGGCGAGACAUGACCUGGAAAUGGACAAGAGUGCACUGGAGAGACAGCUGAAGGAGCUGAGGACUCGCGUGGCGGACAUGGAGGCGCAGACUCGGCCUUCAGCUGGUAUCACUCUGCUGGAAAACAAGAUUCAGGAGCUGGAGGAGAGACUACACAGUGAGGAAAGGGAGAAGGCCAGUAUCCAGGCGGCUCAGAGGCGAACGGAGCGGAAACUGAAGGAGGUGAACGCAACAUUAGACCAGGAGAGAAACCAGCAUGUGGAGCAGAGAGACCAACUGUCUCUGCGGGUGAAGGCCCUGAAGCGGCAGUUGGACGAGAGCGAGGGCGAGGUGGAGCGCCUGGAGGGGGUCCGCCGGAAGGUUCUCAGGGACUUGGAGGAGCAGCAGGAGCUCCAGGAGGCGCUGCAGGCCAAAGUCACAGCGCUGGAGAGUGAACUAAAACGGAAGGUGCCGACACACCGCACGACUCUGGGCUCAACGUUAAGCUCCGAGGAUGAGGACGGUUUCUAUGACACCAACCUCACCUCCAUCCUGAACGAAAGCCACCUACAGACCUCCAACUGCUGAGGAAAGUGAGGGCGAGAGGAGAGAAAAAAAAAAACACACCUAUAAAAAGAUUCUUUUUUUUUUUUUUUCUUUUUUUUUUGCAGUGCAGAACUUGUCAGAGAAAGGUACUCAGGGCAUCACAGACUCACUCGUAUGAAGACGACGGUUGCCAUGCAGUUCAGCCUUGCCUUGCAGUUGCUCUCCACUUUAUUUUUAGUGCAGCGGUCCAACAGUUGUCAGGAUAAUUCAAUUGCAUUUUGUAGCCUUCAGCUGUGAUUAUCAUUACUUCACUGCUUUCUGUCUUGAGAUCUGAUGUUAUUUUAAUGAGAAGAAUCACAGUUCAAUUACACACUUUUACUGCAUCUCAUAUACCUUCAGCUGUAACAUGAAGCCUUUUAACUUGUGCAUUAUAUUAACAGGACAUUACUGAGGCAUGGUUUACUGUAGCGUGGUGUUGUAUUUUAUUAGUUAAGCUCCAAUGAUGCCAGACCUGCAACUUCAUACCACUUUUAAAACCAAAAAGCAGCUUUUUUUUUUCUAAUUCUUACACUUAUUUCUGUGCUUGCUUACGCAUGAAAAGUCACGUCUGUCAGUGUUUUUAGCAGCUGUGUGUAUUAGAAUUGAUGUUUUGUCAUUUUUAUUGCCGUUGAAUGUGACAAUGACGGGCCAUUUUAAGCUGAGCCUGUAUUUUUACACUGUAUUAGCUGUUUAAGACAAUCAAAAAUCAAAUAUUCAUAUAGUAGCACUGUGGAGAUCAGUCUCGGAGAUCAAUCGUCUCCUUAUACAUUUUCUACUUUCAUGACUGUACGUCUGAUUAUAGCCCAGUUUAUCUCUUUAUAUUUAGCUUGGUUCAUGUGCAUGUCCCACUGAAAUGCCUUAAAAAUCAGCUCUGUGUACGUUUGUGUUAUUUACUGCAUGUUUUCUGUUCAAACUGCUGCUGUAACGUCUUAUUAGUCGUAUCCCCAGUGCUUGCCUCUGCUUGAAUCUUCCUACAUUCCCACUAAAAGAGACAUUUGCUCAGAUUUGGAAGCUUUCCACACCGUUUUUGGCUGAUGAAUGUUUAUUAUACUCUAAAUGACAUUUUGAUAAUGUCAUCAUGUGUCACUUUUAACAUUUUUAUUGGAGCAGUAACUGUACACGAAACGAUGCUAUGAAGUUUAUUAAGCUGCUGGUAGCGUUUGAUAUGUGGUGCAGAGCUUUGUAAGCUUUCCCUGAAAUUUUAACAAUAUUUUAAGAACAUUUUGGACCAUAUAGAAAUACAAUAAAACAAAUAUUCUAUUAUACUA